UGAUGGGACAUGUUAGAAUGCUUAUACCCAAGUGGUCGUCUUCUGGGGAGGAAUUCUAUUGCAUGUCACUGGUACUGGUGACCUAUACCUGCAGAUACAGAAGCCAUCAUCUGUGAAGUGUCACUCUUUAUAGUGUGCAAAUAGAAUUAUGAAUGUUUGUAGAGGCUCUGCCCGUAUCGGCUGGCCAGCCGUAUCUGAAAUGUGAGGCUGCAGACCUGCACUAAGGCACUCUGAGGAAGUACUUUGUAGGGACUCUUGGGGCUCCACAUUCAGGAUUUCUAAGCAGAAGGUGAACGACUGAGUCCUUCAUUAUGUCUGAUGGAGACUAUGAUUACCUCAUCAAGUUUUUAGCUUUGGGAGACUCUGGGACCAGCGUACUUUACCAAUACACAGAUGGUAAAUUCAAUUCCAAAUUUAUCACGACAGUGGGCAUUGAUUUCAGGGAAAAGAGAGUGGUGUACAGAGCCAGUGGGCCAGAUGGAGCCGCUGGCAGAGGCCAGAGGAUCCACCUGCAGUUAUGGGACACAGCAGGGCAAGAGAGGUUCCGGAGCUUGACAACUGCCUUCUUCAGAGACGCCAUGGGUUUUCUUCUGCUUUUUGAUGUAACAAAUGAGCAAAGUUUCCUCAAUGUCCGAAACUGGAUAAGCCAGCUACAAAUGCAUGCAUAUUGUGAAAACCCAGAUAUAGUGCUCUGUGGAAAUAAGAGUGAUCUGGAAGACCAGAGAGUAGUAAAAGAGGAGGAAGCCAGAGGACUUGCAGAGAAAUAUGGAAUCCCCUACUUUGAAACUAGUGCCGCCACUGGGACAAACAUAAGCCAAGCAAUUGAAAUGCUCCUGGACCUGAUAAUGAAGCGAAUGGAACGGUGUGUGGACAAGUCCUGGAUUCCUGAAGGGGUGGUGCGGUCCAACGGCCACGCCUCUGCAGAUCAGUUUAGCGAACAGAAGGAGAAGGGGGCGUGUGGCUGUUAAGAAGUCCUGUGAGUGACACAGUAAUUCAGGUGUUAGACUCCUCAAAAUAAAGCAUCCGAUUUUAAAAUUAGUUUGUUGCAGGUUUGUAAAUAUUCCUUUAAGAUUCGGCCUGAGAGUUAGGGGAAAUAGUUCGCAGAGCCAAAAGUGCCUUGUAAAAACCUCACCCCGAUAGCAGGCCAUACGAGGCUUUGAGAUUUUGUAGUCAUAAAGAGUAUUUAUUAUAUAGAUACUGCCUUAACCAGAUAGGCCCGGACUUUCCCGUUUGAGGGCCUAGAAGCAAUUAUAGAAGUAUCACAGUCUUGAACCCAAAUUUAAACACCUGCCAUAAAUGAUCUCUAAAAAUGCCAUUUAAACCACUUGAAUGUUAAAUAAGAAUAUAUACACACAUCAGUUCGAUAUUUUUGAGUAUUCAUUUUAUGUAGUCAUUCCCUUUAACAUGAAUCUAGGACAAAUUAUGAUUCUAGAUGAUGGAUAAAUGAGGUUGACCAAUUGUAUACUCACUGUGACUUUUUUGUUCAUGGAAAAGACUGGGGGGGUAGGGCAGGGGUGGCUUAAUGGAGUAUGAGCAGCUGAACUGGGGGUCCUGGCUCUCUGCGAAGUUCCCAUUGCCCUGAAGUGCUGACUGAAGGGUCAGGGAAUGAGACUGGAUGGCUUUAGUUCACUGAAACCCAUACUUUUUAUUUGGCCUGUGUGCCAGCCUCAUCUCAACAUAGCUGGUGCUUCCACGGAAGUCAUUUGCUGUAAGUAUACGCUGAGCUGCUUUUUCUUUAUAUUUAUAAUGCUGGUCUGGCAGCCGCGGGCUGCAGUUUCACUGAGCUUACAGACUGCUAAUCCUCUGUCUUCACCAUCAGGCUCUGUACUAUGGAUAUUUGCAGCUUGUUUUUAUUUUCUCAUUGGUGGAAUUGAAGCAAUUAGUGUUUACAAUGUCUGGUAUUUGCAGGGGGGGGGAGAGAGAGAUGCUGGUAUUUAAGCCAUCACUUUUAUACUGUAGCUUAAUAUAAGACAAAUGAAAUGUUCCAGAGCUGGUGUUUUUCAUUAAGGUCAUGGGCGUUUCCUGUCUUUGUUGGGUCUUGCCAAAUUCAUGUAUUUUGCUACAUUGCCCAAGUGUCUUCAUACCAAAUUAAAGCUUUAAAAUAUGAUUCAUGGAA